AUGCCUCCAUCAAUGAACUCCCCUUCCGCUCCAAGCCUCGUUCCAGCAGGUGAUAAUGGCACUCUCACAUCAUCAACAAAUGAAUCCCGACACGCAACUCAGAAAAGAAACCGAGCCCAGUUGAGCUGCACCAACUGUCGGCACGCCAAGCUGAAAUGCGAUCGAAAAGAGCCAUGUUCACAAUGUGUCAAAAAAGGAAGAGAAUCGCAAUGCAUCUUCCCUCGGCCGGCACCUCGUCGAAAACCGGCAGUGAGCAUGCAAAACAGAUUGAAACAUUUGGAAAGCCUGGUGAAGGGUGCUAUGUCCGGUCAAAGCCCGAUGGAAAGUCGAAGCCACGGAGAUGAAUCUUCUCCUAGUAUCAAUUUUCAGAUGGAUGAGCAAUCGAGAAAUGCCAGUACAACCGGAUUCGGUGCACCUGAAGCCUCAUCUGGGAAGGUUCUUGUGGACGAAAAUGAGACGACCUAUGUCGGAGCGACUCACUGGGCAGCAAUACUCGAAGAUAUUGAGGAAGUGAAAAGUUAUUUCUACGAAGAAGUUGACGACGAUAAUCAUGAAGAAGACGGAAUGUGGCCUACCGCAGCUCUCUCAUUUGAUAUCGAAACCCCAGCAACGAAAUUUGAUUUACUUGCUGCAUUACCUCCUCGACUGGCUGUUGAUCAAUUGGUGUCUCGAUACUUCAACUCGAACAGUCCUACGUUGCAUAUAUUCCACAGCCCCACCUUUCAGAAAGAGUACCAACACUUCUGGUCGAAUCAAAACGAUACACCGAUAGCCUGGUUAGCAUUACUCUAUUCCAUCUUAGUUAUCGCCACAUUGGUUGCUCUUGGUGCUGGCGAGGAGUCCCCGGACAAUCGUGGAUCUCCAUCAGAAAUGAUCCGGUCUUAUCGGCAGUGCUCUAUUCAGGCCUUGGUGCUUUCACAUUACACAAAGCCUGGGCCCUACACGCUAGAGACAUUCAUGAUCUACAUGGAAGGCGAGUUUCUGCUCAACAAAGUUGAUCAAGUUCAGUGUUACUUGCUCGUUGGUAAUGCUGUCAGACUGGGGUUGCGUAUGGGACUACAUCGAGAUUCGAGCAAGAUUGGUGGCCAUAUUACUCCUUUCCAAGGCGAAAUGCGUCGACGAAUGUGGCAUCACAUGAAGCAGAUUGAUCUGCUUGCGAGUUUCCAUAUCGGACUACCUUCCACGAUGCAAAGCAUUGACAGCGACACACUCUACCCUGGCAACUUCAGAGAUGAUGAUAUUGCGGAGAACAUGACUGAAUUGCCUGGUCCCAGACCUGACUCGGAACACACACCUAUUUCCUACAUGGUUACCAAGAGCAGGAUCUGCGAUAUAUCUUGCAAGAUUGCUACCAUCGCAAACUUACUCACGUUACCUCCGUACUCUGAGGUCAUGAAAUUAGACUCAGAGCUCAUGGACGCUCACGCCCGAGUUCCUCACUUUUUCCAAUUACCCUCUUCUGGCAUUCCAAUCACAGACAAGCCGGAACGAAUUGUCAGGCGAAUCAGCAUCGAGCUACUUUUCCAGAAGAGUCGCUGCAUGUUACAUCGGAAGUAUCUCAUCAAGGAGAAAAAAGAUUCAAGAUUCGCUUACUCUAAAGAUGCUGGACUAGAUUCUUCUUUGCAGCUGCUUCGAAUCCAAGCCUUGGCUCACGAAGUAUGCCUUCCAGGAGGUCUUUUAGCUCGAGAUCGUUGGUUUCAAUCAGCGUUGUCAAUGCACGACUUUCUUUUGGCUGCUAUGAUAGUAUACCUAAGUGUCAUACGCAAUAUCGGGACAGAUCGUGACCCCACCAAAAAGAACGGUAUCACACAAGAGCAACAGAACACAAUUGCGGCUUUAGAAGAGUCUUACCGAAUCUGGACUCAAAGCACUAACCCGACAGCUGAUGGAAAGAGAGCUGCGGCUGUGCUGAAGAUAAUGCUGAAAAAAGUCAACUUGGCAAUACUCCGGAAUUCAAGCGAUCCCAGUACCAUAGCUGAGGACACUAUGGACCGUUGCGAAAGUUAUACAUCAAAUCUGUUGUCGUCGAAUCUGCUAACCAAUCUCUCACUGAAUGGCGAUUCUUCGAUCAGUGGUUCAUCUUCAGCGUUGCCACCUUCAGACAUCUUGCCCAUCGCUGCAGCUUCAGACACAAGCCCUUCUUCGGGUCGUGAACUACCGUUGGAUAUUGACCUUUCAUUUCUACCCAUGGAGUCUUGGGGAGAAGCGGCAGCUGUACCAAGCGAUUUCAGUUGGGUAUGUUUUCCUUCUCCGCCCGGAUGCCACUGCUAA